CUCUCUCUCUCUCUCUCUCUCUCUCUCUCUCUCUCAGCUCAGCCUGAAACGCUCGUUCUAGGGUUUCGGGAAAGGUAUAGAAGAUGGCCGAGACCGAGGAUAUUCAGCCUCUUGUCUGCGAUAAUGGGACUGGAAUGGUCAAGGCUGGAUUUGCUGGAGAUGAUGCUCCAAGAGCCGUGUUCCCAAGUAUUGUUGGUCGCCCGCGUCAUACUGGGGUUAUGGUUGGCAUGGGCCAAAAAGAUGCGUAUGUUGGAGAUGAAGCUCAGUCCAAGCGUGGUAUCUUAACUCUGAAGUACCCAAUUGAGCAUGGAAUUGUGAGCAAUUGGGAUGACAUGGAGAAGAUCUGGCAUCAUACCUUUUACAAUGAACUUCGUGUUGCUCCAGAGGAGCACCCUAUUCUUCUUACUGAAGCGCCUCUUAAUCCUAAGGCAAAUCGUGAGAAAAUGACCCAGAUCAUGUUUGAGACCUUCAAUGCUCCCGCCAUGUAUGUUGCCAUCCAGGCUGUUCUUUCCCUCUAUGCUAGUGGUCGUACUACUGGUAUUGUUCUUGACUCUGGGGAUGGUGUCAGUCAUACGGUCCCCAUUUACGAGGGGUAUGCCCUUCCACAUGCCAUUCUGCGUCUUGACCUGGCUGGUCGUGACCUGACUGAUGCUCUGAUGAAAAUCUUGACAGAGCGUGGUUACUCAUUUACCACCACAGCUGAACGUGAAAUUGUGAGGGACAUGAAGGAGAAGUUGGCUUAUAUUGCUCUUGACUAUGAACAAGAAUUGGAAACUGCCAAAACAAGCUCUUCUGUUGAGAAAAGCUAUGAGUUGCCUGAUGGUCAGGUGAUCACCAUUGGAGCUGAGCGUUUCAGAUGCCCAGAAGUCCUCUUCCAGCCAUCCAUGAUAGGAAUGGAAGCUGCUGGUAUCCAUGAGACCACAUACAAUUCGAUAAUGAAAUGUGAUGUUGAUAUCAGGAAGGAUUUGUACGGAAACAUUGUACUCAGUGGUGGUUCCACCAUGUUCCCGGGAAUUGCUGACAGAAUGAGCAAGGAAAUUACUGCCUUGGCCCCUAGCAGCAUGAAGAUCAAGGUCGUUGCCCCACCAGAAAGAAAGUACAGUGUGUGGAUCGGAGGCUCCAUCUUAGCAUCCCUCAGUACCUUCCAACAGAUGUGGAUCGCCAAAGCUGAGUACGAUGAAUCAGGCCCUUCAAUUGUGCACAGAAAAUGCUUCUGAUUACAAUCAAGGAUUGGUGGACUUCACUAUCUCUAUUGGAAAGAAAAAUGCUGCUUGCAUUCUUGUUCUCUGGUUUUGUUGUCCGUUUUCCUUUGCUUUGUAUCGUCUUCAUGUCUGGACUAUUAUGACCUUGUAGGCUUACUGCUGGAUUAUUUUGUAAUUCUAUUUAAGAUGCUUCUUUUCCCAGUGGUCAUUCAGUAGCAUGCUUUUC